CCACCUGGCGUGGGCGGGGCCUGGGUGGAGCGAGGUUUCUGAGGGAGGUGACGCAGGAGCUAUCCAGCACGUCAGCUCCCUGUUUUGACCCAGAUUGCAAGAAGCUCGCCUGCGGCCACACGGUUAAAAAUGCCUUCAAGGAUGGUCUCUGCCAUGCUAUCUGGCCUUCUGUUUUGGUUGAUGUUUGAGUGGGAUCCAGCAUUCGCUUAUAGUCCGCGGACCCCUGACCGGGUCUCAGAAACAGACAUCCAGAGGCUGCUCCAUGGCGUUAUGGAGCAGCUGGGCAUUGCCCGGCCACGUGUGGAGUACCCAGCUCACCAGGCCAUGAAUCUUGUUGGGCCGCAGAGCAUUGAAGGGGGAGCUCAUGAGGGUCUUCAGCAUCUGGGUCCUUUUGGUAACAUCCCCAACAUAGUGGCAGAGUUGACUGGUGACAACAUUCCUAAGGACUUCAGUGAAGAUCAAGGCUACCCAGACCCUCCAAAUCCCUGUCCUCUUGGGAAAACUGCAGAUGAUGGAUGUCUAGAAAACGCCCCCGACACUGCAGAGUUCAGUCGAGAAUUCCAGUUAGAUCAACACCUUUUUGAUCCAGAACAUGACUACCCAGGUUUGGGCAAGUGGAACAAGAAACUCCUUUAUGAGAAGAUGAAGGGAGGACAGAGGCGGAAGCGGAGGAGUGUCAAUCCCUAUCUACAAGGAAAGAGGUUGGACAAUGUUGUGGCAAAGAAAUCUGUCCCCCACUUCUCAGAAGAGGAGAAGGAACCAGAAUAAAGAGAAGACAGUAGGUGGAAACCCAUACAAUGCUUAUGUGCAUGUUUGUAGAGCCCGUGAGUGACAGCAUGCAUUUUUACAUAUUUAUGGAUGAAAAGCAGCUGUCCUUGUCUCCAUACCAAUGCCUGUGCUUUCUGCUAAAUUAGAAUAAAAGCUCCUUCUCUUUUGGGGAUUUUUUUGAUGUGGAUCUGCAAGAAACAUUACAAUUAAAAUGUAUAUGUCAAGUAUAAUAAAAACACGGAUAUGAAAUACUCAGAUUUCUUGCAGUUUUGGGGUUGUGCUGUUUGGGCCAAGUCUGUAAAAAGCUAGCAUUUGAUUUUGAUUAUGUAGUGUAUCUAGCCCCUGGGCCUUGUUACACACCAAUAAAGAAGUUUGUACUCAAGGGGAGGGGCUGACACAUCUCACUCUGCUGCUUCUUAAUAAAUGUAUGUGAGCAUUG